AUGGGAUUAUCUACAGCAGAUACUAAGAGACAAUUUCUGUUUGCAGAUUUUGCUCAAGAAGUACAAAUUGUAAUAUCAAAUGGUGCAGGAACACCAAAAACUAUUUGCAGGGUCACAAUCAAUCAGCUUGCACAAUGUCUACCAGCAGUGAUGGGGCAGAAACCGCCACCGCCAACACCGGCUUGUUGCGCGGUACUGCACAAGGCCGAUUUGCGGUGUAUGUGCAACCAGAAAUCUGAACUGGGAAAAUUUGGAAUCAGUCCUAAAGCUGCUAUGAAACUGCCAAAGCAAUGUAGUAUUAAUGUUCCCCGUGGAUGUUAA